AUGUAUGCACAGCCAUUUGGCUACGGUAAUGAAACUUCCGAGGGUAAGCGAAGGACCCAUGAUCGACCGCUGAACCUAAUCGGCGGUAAAGCAAAUUAUGUGGGCAGUUCCGAGGGUGAUUUUGGAUUCAAGAGUUUCGCGAAGCUGGGUAUUACUAGCGGCGUUUUAGCCCCACGACGCACGACGGCAGACCCCGAUGACGGGGCAACAUAA